GGCCUCCGCGUGGGAGGGGCCGGGCGUCUGCGACCAGCUCCUCUGCAGACGUCAUCUGGGUCACACAGCCCCGCGCUCGGUGGAAUCGUCUCCGGGACCGGAGCGCGGGCCGGUUUGCCCCCCCGGGACCAUGGCCGGGUCCGACACCGCGCCCUUUCUCAGCCAGGCGGAUGACCCAGAUGAUGGGCCGGUGUCUGGGACCCCGGGCUUGCCAGGGCCCUUGGGAAACCCAAAGUCGGGGGAGCCCGAGGUCCCGGACCGGGAGGGGCUGCAGCGCAUCACGGGUUUGUCUGCGGGCCGUUCCACUCUCAUCGUGGCCGUGCUGUGCUACAUCAACCUCCUGAACUACAUGGACCGCUUCACUGUGGCAGGCGUCCUUCCAGACAUCGAGCAGUUUUUCAGCAUCGGAGACAGUAGCUCUGGCCUCAUCCAGACCGUGUUCAUCUCCAGUUACAUGGUGUUGGCACCUGUGUUUGGCUACCUGGGUGACAGGUACAAUCGGAAGUAUCUCAUGUGCGGGGGCAUUGCCUUCUGGUCCCUGGUGACACUGGGGUCAUCCUUCAUCCCCAGAGAGCGUUUCUGGCUGCUCCUCCUGACCCGGGGCCUAGUGGGGGUCGGGGAGGCCAGUUACUCCACCAUCGCGCCCACCCUCAUUGCCGACCUCUUCGUGGCUGACCAGCGGAGCCAGAUGCUCAGUGUGUUCUACUUCGCCAUCCCGGUGGGCAGUGGCCUGGGCUACAUUGCAGGCUCCAAAGUGAAGGAUGUGGCUGGCGACUGGCACUGGGCUCUGAGGGUGACACCAGGCCUGGGGGUGGUGGCUGUUCUGCUGCUGUUCCUGGUGGUGCGCGAGCCGCCCAGGGGCGCUGUGGAGCGGCACUUGGAUUCUCCGCCCCUGAGCCCCACCUCGUGGUGGGCAGAUCUGAGGGCUCUGGCAAGAAACCCCAGUUUCGUCCUGUCUUCCCUUGGCUUCACUGCUGUGGCCUUUGUCACCGGCUCGCUGGCCCUCUGGGCCCCCGCAUUCCUGCUGCGCUCCCGAGUGGUCCUGGGGGAGACGCCCCCCUGCCUCCCCGGAGACUCCUGCUCAUCCUCGGACAGCCUCAUUUUUGGGCUCAUCACCUGCCUGACUGGGGUCCUGGGUGUGGGCCUGGGUGUAGAGGUCAGCCGCCGCCUGCGCCGCUCCAACCCCCGGGCCGAUCCGCUGGUGUGUGCCACUGGCCUCCUGGGCUCUGCUCCCUUCCUUUUCCUGGCCCUCACCUGCGCCCGCGGCAGCAUUGUGGCCACCUAUAUCUUCAUCUUCGUGGGAGAGACCCUGCUGUCCAUGAACUGGGCCAUUGUGGCUGACAUCCUGCUGUACGUGGUCAUCCCCACGCGCCGCUCCACCGCCGAGGCCUUCCAGAUUGUGCUGUCUCACCUGCUGGGUGAUGCGGGGAGCCCCUACCUCAUCGGCCUGAUCUCAGACCGCCUGCGCCGGAGGUGGCCCCCGUCCUUCCUGUCUGAGUUCCGGGCCCUGCAGUUCUCUCUCAUGCUCUGUGCCUUCAUUGGGGCACUGGGUGGCGCUGCCUUUCUGGGCACUGCCAUGUUCAUUGAGGGUGAUCGCCGGCGGGCUCAGCUCCACGUGCAGGGUCUGCUUCCCGAGGCAGGACCCGCAGAUGACCGCAUCGUGGUGCCCCAGCGAGGCCGCUCCACCAGGGUCCCCGUGUCCAGCGUGCUCAUCUGAGGCCGCCGCUCACUGCCUCUGGCCAUGGGCCUCCUGGGAGGUGCCCAGACGAAACCCCUGGCCGGCCUGGCUUCUAGGAGUGAGCCCUGGGCUGUGUGCUGGCUCCCAGACUACGUGGAUGGCUGGGACGCUGGGGCCUGGGAGGGGCGCCCCUCCGCUAGGGCAGCCCUGGGCUGGUGCUAUUUGUAACAAUAAAGUUUGUAGCCUGACCGUG